CAUGGCGGUAGGCGGUAGCAACGUGUAUAUCUUGUGCUGCAUUAUAUUAAAUGUAGUUAGCUCUGUAGUGAUCGUGCUGUUAAAUAAAUGGAUUUUUGUGCACGUCGGCUUUCCUAGCAUGACGCUAACGUGCGUACAUUUCGUCAUGACUUUUCUAGGGCUGGUUAUCUGCCAGUCGUUGAAUAUGUUCCAAGUUAAAAGGAUACCGAUUGCGAAGAUGAUACCCCUCUGUCUAACUUUCUGUGGUUUCGUGGUCUUCAACAAUCUCUCGCUGCAACAUAACACUGUAGGAACGUAUCAGAUCAUAAAGAGCAUGACUACGCCGACCAUCAUCGUAAUUCAGACCUACUACUACUUGAAGAGCUUCUCAACAAAAAUAAAGCUCACUCUGGUACCUAUAUCUAUUGGUGUGUUUUUGAACUCAUACUAUGAUAUGAAGUUCAAUACGCUGGGUACCACAUAUGCAUCACUGGGUGUCCUAGUUACAUCUGUGUACCAAGUCUGGGUUGGUGAGAAGCAGCAGGAAUUUCAGGUCAACUCCAUGCAGCUGCUCUAUUAUCAAGCUCCUCUGUCGGCGGGCAUCCUUCUCGUUGUCGUGCCCUUCUUCGAGACUCCGUGGGCUGCCGACGGCGUCUUCUUCCAGCCGUGGUCAUUUACGGAUGUCGUGAUGGUGUUGUUGUCUGGAGUGGUAGCAUUUUCUGUCAAUCUGUCUAUAUUUUGGAUCAUAGGGAACACAUCUCCUGUGACUUACAACAUGAUCGGUCACUUCAAGUUCUCCAGCAUCCUCGUCGGCGGAUUCUUGCUGUACGGCGACAGCAUCCGCAUCUCGCAGGGCUUCGGAAUCGCGCUCACGCUGCUCGGCAUCCUGCUCUACACCCACUACAAGAUGGUGGAAGCCAGAACCGGGACACUGACGCGGGAGAAGUCGUUACUGCCGGCGCAUGGGACGAGUACGAGCGACGGCCCGUUGCAGGCUAACGGCCACGCGAAUCACGUACAGGCGCUAUAGGUGGGGAGGGGGUU